CCACCGGAUCAGAUUUGUUUCCAAACGCGCACCCGCGGCUGCGUGAGGCGUUUGCGUGCGGUGGGAACGCUGUGGAUUUGUGCGUUUUGCGUCGUGUUUCCAGCAGCAGGACCUGAACAGAACCAUGGAUUACAGCCUCCGUGUUCUGGUUCUGCUGAGCGUGUGGUCCGUGUCGACAGGACUCUUCCCAACAGCCCCGGUAAUUAAAGGGUGGGUGAACCAGAUUCAGAAGGAUUUGAUCACAAUAACAGACUCAGCCAGUGGCCUGCAGAAUCUAAAACAGAUAUACCAUAAACACAAAACCCACUUCAGUGUUGAGUCGAACAAUGCAAAACAUCUGGUGGCAACUGCUGCUGGGAACAUAGAAAAACUGCUGGCAAACCGCUCUCAGGCCCUAAAGAGGCUGGCGACAGAAGCAGAAAACUUUCAAAAGCAACAUGAGUGGACAGUCAACAGUGAGGCUAACAAACUACUUUACUACAAUGCCAAAGAUGGUAUAAAUAGGACAGCACUAGAAAUAGAGCAAGAAGAAGAAGAGGAGAAAAGGAACCGGUUCAUUCCGGAGGAUUUUGAAAUAGACCCAGACUUCAAACGGCAUGUUACCUACAACACCACCGCCGUCCAUAUCCCUACUGACAUAUAUGAAGGCUCUACCAUCAUUUUGAAUGAGCUAAAUUGGACGGAAGCCUUGGAGGAUGUUUUCCGGAAAAACAAAGAGGAAGAUCCCUCGCUGCUCUGGCAGGUGUUUGGCUCUGCGACGGGUUUGGCUCGUUACUUCCCAGCAUCCCCUUGGAUCGACUCGGGCGGUUCACCUGACCACAUUGACCUCUACGACGUGCGCAGACGACCUUGGUACAUCCAGGGGGCAGCGUCACCAAAGGACAUGCUGAUCCUAGUGGAUGCGAGUGGAAGCGUGUCAGGUCUCACCCUCAAACUCAUCAAAACAUCAGUCAGUAAGAUGCUGGAGACCCUCUCUGAUGACGACUUUGUGAACGUGGUGUCUUUCAACAAAAGCGCCAGGCCUGCAGCGUGCUUUCAGAACCUGGUGCAGGCCAAUGUGAGGAACAAGAGGAUCCUGAAGGAGGCUGUGCAAAGGAUCAAAGCUGAGGGGAUCACCAACUACACGAGUGGCUUUGAGCUGGCCUUCCAACAGCUUAACCAGACAAAUGUGUCACGGGCCAACUGUAACAAGAUGAUAAUGCUGUUCACCGAUGGGGGGGAGGAGAAAGCAGAGGAGAUCUUUGCCAAAUACAACCCCAAGCAAAAGGUGCGCAUCUUUACCUUUUCCGUUGGUCAACACAGCUAUGACAAAGGGCCCAUACAGUGGAUGGCCUGUGCCAAUAAAGGGUAUUAUUAUGAGAUCCCAUCUAUUGGGGCCAUUCGAAUAAACACUCAGGAGUAUUUGGAUGUUUUAGGUCGGCCCAUGGUCAAAGCGGACAGGAGGGCCAAACAAGUCCAGUGGACCAAUGUCUACCUGGAUGCACUGGAGCUUGGUCUUGUGAUCACUGGAACUCUGCCAGUUUUUAACAAAACAAACACAGGCUCGAAGAAGUCCCAAAACCAGCUUAUCUUGGGGGUUAUGGCUAUUGAUGUCUCCCUGGAAGACAUUAAGAGACUGACUCCUCGGUUUACAUUUGGACCAAAUGGCUAUUACUUUGCUAUUGAUCCAAAUGGAUAUGUGCUGCUCCACCCUAAUCUUCAGCCGCUGUCUGGCUCUGGUCCUUCCUGACUACAGCAUACAUUACAUCCGCGCCACGAUCGGCGACACAAUCACCCAGGCAAAAUCGUUUCUGGGGGAAAAUGUUUCUGAGAGCCUGAUGGCAGACAAGUUUGAUGAAUAUGGCUACACAUUCAUCGCACCGAGGAUGUACUGUAAAGACUUAAAGCUGCCUGAUAAAAAAUCCAACAACACAGAGUUUCUAAAGCAAUUUAAUGAUUAUAUUGACACAAAGACUCCAAACAACGACAUGUGUAAUGUGGAGCUGGUGAACAGACUCCUUUUGGACGCUGGUAUUACCUCAGAUCUGAUCAAGAUCUGGAAGAAAACCGAGUCACAGCGCGGAGUUGCAGCCAGAUUUGUCGCCACUGAUGGAGGAAUCACGCGUGUCUUUCCUGAAAGCGCUGGACUGGACUGGACUGAAGACGCAGAAACAUAUGAGUCAAGUUUCUACAAGCGGAGUUUGGACAAUGAUCUGUACAUCUUUACUCCAACACGUUGCAACGAAAGUGACAGCUCAGUCCUUGUGAGCAGGGCAGUAAACAUCAAGAUAAAUGACAUCAAUCUCAAACCAGCUGUGGUCGGUGUGAAGUUGGAUAUCGAGGCGUGGAUGGAGAUCCUUAUCAACAUCACAAACAAGAGGAAUUGCAAGGAUGAGAUCUGCGGCUGUACGAGAAAUAACAAGAGAGUAGACUGUGUCUUUCUAGAUGACGGUGGAUUUGUUGUGAUGUCCAACCAAGAUGACCACAUAUCCAAGAUUGGGUGUUUCUUUGGCGUCAUCGACCCCGUUCUGAUGAGAGCCUUGGUCAACUCGUCCCUGUUCACCUCUAAAAGUACCUACGACUACCAGUCUCUUUGCAAUCCUAAGAGGAAGAACAAGGCGGCCGCAGGCCUGCGAUCAGUCUACGUGUUUGAGGAGCAUGUAGUGCAACCCCAGUUCUGGAAAAGUUGGGACGUUUGGAUGUACCACGCCGAAAAGCUGCACAAGACCAACCUGGUCUUUAUCAUUAGUGAGAAGGAGGACGGCAUGAGAGCGUUUGAUUUCACCCCAUUAAUACAAGAUGAACAGCAAUCCGACGGGCCCGAUCCCUGUCAGAUGGCUCUUGAGCCUCGCUACAGGAAAGGACCUUCGUUUUGUUUUGAUAAAAACGAGGAUGAGAAGGACCCUGACUGUGGCGGGGUGUCCGGCCUGAGUCCCUCAUUCUGGCUCAUGGUGAUCCUUCAAGUGGUCUUGCUCUGGGUUGUGUCUGACUCCAGGAACCAUGCCAUCCCAUCAUGACCUCUGAACAACAUGAACCAGUCUUGCACAUCCGCUCCCUCCAGAUAACUAACAUGGCUGUCAACAUGCAGUGUUGCCACUGAAAUGACAUCCGAUGAAAGGCGCUUGAGACGAAGAAACAAAGCGACUGAGAACCCCUCACUCAAGUUUACUUUUAUUUUGACCUUCUAGGGAAUUUUGAAGUGUUGGUACCAGGGUAUAUGUGGCAAUAGAAAUAUAUCUGAGAAGAUUUGAAAGCCCUGUCGCACUAUAACGAUUUAGAGAAUUUAUGCCGACAUAUGGAAAUAAAAAUAUCAAACACGCUGGUGUAAGUCACAUAAGUUUGACAUACCGGUAAUUUUUGAACAAGUUUCAAGUACAAUGUAAUAUGAUGGCCAGUACAAAUUUUUCUGCAUAUUUCGAUGUUUCUAAUAAGGCAUAAGUUCCAGGUGUGUAACAGGUAAGUUAGUUCACAUAUUUUACAUGUAAGGUACUCAUAAGUUCACAAACAUCAAAACCAGCUGGCGUAGCAGAAACAAAACUUAUUUGUGUUUUCCUCCUCAACCACAGAGAAAAACGCCCCUUUCACUUUUUCACUGAGACGAAGGAGAA